AACGCAUCAAGGCGUUCUGCAGUUCGAAAGUGAAUGCCUGUAUAAACGGUCUCUCGCCAAAAAGACGUUUAAGGUAAUUGGGAUUAAUAAUUCAGCCAGGAUUGCAGAUCUCUUAACGCCAUGCGAACCAUCUUUGUUUUCCUAGCAGUUAUUGUGGUGUGUUAUGCCGCCACAAUCACCCAACUAAACCAUGUGACCCACACCACGCAUGCGCUCUUAACGCGUGCAGAUCACACUACGAGUGAACCAGCGGAAACGGACAUGAUCACCUUCCAGUUUCAGCCAGCCACCCACCACCUCCUUGUGAAGAAGAAUUCUGACAGACAGACCACAAACUGCUAUAUCGCUACCCUGACCGACACCGAGCAUGCGUAUAUCCACACCGACUACGGCAUGAGAUCCGUCGAGUUGAGACUCCUCGCGGCUCUGGGAAGCGCGACGGCCGUUACCGACGUCAGCACGCUAGACCAACGUGACGUCGAUUCCUGUCGCACGUACAGCCAUGCACAUACCAUGUACUACACAAUCACCGUCUAAGGCACAUCCACGUAAAUAGUAUCAUGUGUAUUUUUUUCAAAUUAGAAAUAUGUUUAGAAAAUAUGUGUAGUUUGUUUAGUCACUGAAAGAAGCGAUAAUCGCGGACUUCAAUAAACCAUUUGUGCAUGCAAAAUGUUUUAUUUAUUUAUAAUUGUUGCAGAACGGUUAAGUUUUUUAAUUGAUGAUAAACAAGUCAAUUGUGUUGUUUUUUCGAUUCUGAUUGGAUGUAUCAUUUUAUGAAUUAAAAUUAGGACUUGAUUUUUUAUGUUUAUGAAAGGAUCGGGACAUUUAUGCAUAGUGUAAUUGCAAUAAGGGGCCUUUUCACAGAUUUUGGCUUGUAUUUUGAUUUUGUCAUUAAAUGAUUCAUAUUGAUAAAUGUAAACAUUGGAUCUAAAAAGCUCCAGUAAAUAACAACAACAUAAAAUUAAAGAAAGAAAACACUCAACUGGGCUCGAACCACUGAUCCCAGGAGUACAAGUCUAUCGCUCAGACCACUCGUGCUCAUACAAUGAGUGAUGAUUUUCCUACUGUAUGUAAGCUAUCGCCCUAGUAUCAAAAAUAUAAUGACAAAUAAAGAACUCUCCAAAUUAUUAAAUCGUUUCGCAUUGCAACGCUUAAUAAUUUUCAGAUUUUUAAAUCGUCAAAAGAUGCUUAAUCUAAUGCAUAUUUUAGAGCAUGGUAAAAGUUCAGAAUUACUGUUUCCUCACGAAUAUCACAACUGCAACGAAAAUUUGCGAAUAUGAAACUUUUUUUAUUUUGUCAAUUUACCAAAACACGAAAAGGCCCCUUGAAUGAAUAACAAUAACUGUUUUAUGUGGUUAUAGAAAAUUGAAAGUGUAUCGUUAUGAUUAGUUAAACAAUUUGAUUUGA